AUGGACAAGUACGAGAAGCUGGAGAAGGUAGGGGAGGGUACGUAUGGCAAGGUUUACAAGGCGAAAGACAAGGCAACCGGCCAAUUGGUGGCCCUCAAGAAGACCCGUCUGGAGAUGGACGAGGAAGGCGUCCCUCCCACCGCUCUCCGAGAGGUUUCCCUACUCCAAAUGCUCUCCCAGUCCCUCUACAUUGUUCGUCUCCUCUGCGUCGAGCACGUCGACACCAACAAAAACGGUGGCUCCAAGGCCAAUCUCUACUUGGUCUUCGAGUACCUCGACACCGAUCUCAAGAAGUUCAUCGAUUCCCAUCGCAAGUGUCCCAACCCCAGACCCCUUGCUCCAUCCCUCAUUCAAUCAUUUCUCUUUCAGCUUUGCAAAGGUGUCGCUCAUUGCCACAGCCACGGCGUCCUCCACCGCGAUCUCAAGCCCCAGAACCUUCUCCUCGACAAGGAGAAGGGGAUUCUCAAAAUUGCAGAUCUGGGUCUUGGCCGUGCUUUCACUGUUCCUCUCAAGAGCUACACUCAUGAGAUCGUUACGCUCUGGUAUAGGGCCCCCGAGGUUCUGCUUGGCUCCACUCAUUAUUCCACCGCCGUCGACAUGUGGUCCGUCGGAUGCAUCUUCGCUGAAAUGGUUAGAAGGCAAGCACUUUUCCCGGGGGAUUCAGAGUUCCAGCAAUUGCUCCACAUUUUCAGGUUGAUGGGCACUCCGACUGAGAAGCAGUGGCCUGGGGUUACCGCUUUAAGGGAUUGGCACGUUUACCCACGAUGGGAGCCUCAGAGCUUGGACCGCGUUGUUCCUUCCCUGUCUCCUGAUGGGGUUGAUCUUCUCUCCAAAAUGCUUAAAUAUGAUCCUGCAGAGAGAAUAUCAGCAAAAGCAGCAAUGGAUCAUCCUUAUUUUGACAGCCUUGACAAGUCCCAAUUUUGAAUUUGCAUUGCUUUUUUUUAUUGUAUUAUAUGGAUUUUAAUCUGCUUGCUUAGAAUGGUAUAUUUCUAUUCACUGGGUGCUCGCUUCCUUGAGUUCAAAUUAUGUGUUGGGGAAUCAGUUGUCAUCAGCUAGGUUAUCCAAACAAUAUUUUACAAAUGAAUCUUUUAGAUUGGCUUCUAUGUUGCCUUCUGUUGAAGUUUGUAAUGCUUGAUAUACCAACUAGUUACAUGUGAAACUAUUCUUCA